AUGCACACGGGACGUUUUUACAGCGGCUGUUUUUGGCUUUUGAUGGUUUAUUCUACAGCUAGUAAACCCCCCAGCAUGUUAUCCUAUGUGUCCAUGCAUACAGAGACUGGAAUCAACGUUUUUUGGCUGGAAAAAAAACCCGGGACUAGUGGGUUUCUAGGGGAGUUUUUUAGCUGUAAAAACACUCUAAUGCUGAAAAACGCGGGAAAACAUGGUAAACCGCCGCAAACCAGCAUUUUCAGACUUUUUUUGACCAAAAAAAAUUAUUUUGUUUUGGUAAAAAAAAAAUUGCAAACACGGAAAAACGAAAAACGC